GAGCUUUAACCUCUUGUGUUUCGUCCAUCUGCAGGUAACUUUAUAUGAAUGCCAUUCUCAAGGAGAAAUACGGUUAUUGCAAUCCUAUGUGGAUGCUGAUGCAGAUGAAAACUUUUAUACUUGUGCAUGGACUUAUGAUAGCAAUACAAGCCACCCUCUUCUGGCAGUGGCCGGCUCACGAGGCAUUAUUCGAAUAAUCAACCCCAUUACAAUGCAGUGCAUAAAGCACUAUGUGGGCCAUGGAAAUGCAAUAAAUGAAUUGAAAUUUCAUCCGAGGGAUCCAAAUCUUCUUUUGUCUGUUAGCAAAGAUCAUGCGCUCAGAUUGUGGAACAUUCAGACAGAUACUUUGGUUGCAAUAUUUGGAGGAGUUGAAGGACACAGAGAUGAAGUUUUAAGUGCAGAUUAUGACCUGCUUGGUGAGAAGAUAAUGUCUUGUGGCAUGGAUCACUCUCUAAAGCUCUGGCGAAUCAAUUCAAAGAGAAUGAUAAACGCCAUCAAGGAAUCCUACGAGUACAAUCCCAAUAAAACUAAUAGGCCAUUUGUUUCUCAAAAGAUUCAUUUUCCUGACUUCUCUACAAGAGACAUACAUAGGAAUUAUGUAGACUGUGUGCGAUGGCUGGGUGAUCUGAUCCUUUCCAAGUCCUGUGAAAAUGCCAUUGUAUGCUGGAAACCUGGCAAAAUGGAAGACAAUAUAGAUAAAAUUAAGCCCAGCGAGUCUAAUGUGACUAUUCUAGGGCGAUUUGAUUAUAGCCAAUGUGAUAUUUGGUAUAUGAGGUUUUCUAUGGAUUUCUGGCAAAAGAUGCUGGCAUUGGGCAAUCAAGCUGGCAAACUCUAUGUAUGGGACUUAGAGGUAGAAGACCCACAUAAGGCCAAGUGCACAACUCUUACUCAUCCAAAAUGUGCUGCUGCUAUUCGACAAACCAGUUUUAGCAGAGACAGUAGUAUCCUUAUAGCUGUGUGUGAUGAUGCCAGUAUCUGGCGCUGGGACAGACUUCGAUAAAUUACGGCUUCCUGAGAAUUAUACUGCUUUUUUUGUCAUAAGAAUUUCCAACUUGCUGAUAUUGUAAAUGCUUUCAGAGUAAUCUUUCCUUGCUUCUGUCAACAGUUGAACUUCAUUUGGUUUGGUAGUAUUGUCCUUUUCAAAAACUACUGCUUUUAAUAAAAGAUAUUUUUGUACAUUUUUAAAAAUUAUUUUAGUUUUUGUGUUUGAAAGUUGGUAAAUUUCCUCUGUAUUAAAUAGGUAUUUGCUAUUGUGUAAGUUUGUGAACUAAAUGACAAGCAGAGAUAAGUUUUGCAUGUAAGGGAGACAGAUUUGAUUAGAUGCAGAAAGAGAACAUUAUUUCAUGCAGGAUUCUAUUUCCUUGGAAGAUGGGCUUCAUUAUUUUCAGGUAGCUAGUUUUUAAGAUUGAAAACCUAUUUGAAAACAUUGUGGUAUUUGAAAUUUCAGAUAUUGUGACUGAAUCAGGCUUACCAUAAUUCAGGCAGGGUUCCACUCCGCUUAACUCAUAACUCUUUCCCUUUAUUACUAGAGCAGACUAAAUUAAAAAAAAUGAAAUGAUAUAAAUUUGUCUGUAAUGUAUACAGGCUCUAGCAUUUCGUUCUCUUUUGCAGGAGUGAUUUUUUUGGAUACAGUCUUGCUUUAAUGUAAAAUGGCAUGUAGAAUCAGAUGAUUGGACUGGCCAGUUUUAUUUCACUCCUCUCCUGCAGCCCCCCUUUUAUUUCAUUCCACGCCCCCCCCCCCAGUUUCUCUUUGAAAGUUGUGCAUUCGUUCAGAAAUUAUUCAGAAGCAGUGAUAUGGACUGCAACAUCUUUAUUAUUUAUGAAAGCAACUUACCUGUUUUCAAGCUUCCAUGUCAGCUUGAAAAAAAAAGAUGUGGCUGUGUUAACAGUUGCACUACUGAAUCAACUUCUUAAAGCAGUCAUAUCUUGACACCUAAAAUAAGAGGCACAGUUCUAUUUUCUAUAUAUUUAUAUUCUAUCUUUCUUCCAGCAACUCAGUGUGGUAUAUAUAGCACUUAUUGGUUGGGAUGAGAGAGUAACUGUUAGAAAGUCACCCAGUGAACUUCUGUGGCUGAGGGUGCACUUGCAACACUCCACCAUCAGCACCGCCAGAAUGGAAAAAAGAUUUCUAAGUGAAAUGAGACGAACUGCUGGACGAAUUGCUGUUAGUGAAUUACAGUCUUGGUGAAAUGCAGUUAGCUUUUAAUAAUUUAUUUAGAAGGUUUGUCUAGAUGUUGAGAGGCCCAUAAUUUGGCUUAGAACAACAAUAUCAAGUAGUAAAGAGUCACUGGGAAUGAGGUGGCAUAUACAUUUAAUAAAUUAUUAUUAUUAUUAUAAUUAAAACCCAUUCAACCAAGAAAAGGGGAAAAAUCAGUAGAACCCCAGAAAACAAAACUGAAGAUCCAAAGUAUAAAAACAUGUACUUUACAUCUAAAAAGUCAUGAUGAAAAAAUAAAGUAGGAUCAGUCACAUCCUCACCUCUGAAGUGGAACAAGAGUCUUUAAACCUUUAAAAAAGAUUUUAAAAAAAGAUUUAAGAUGUGUUAGAGAUGUAUGUAAGAUAAACUACUUGUCAGAAAAAAUGUGAAUGUGUUUAAUUUGGUGAUUAAAUAAAAAU